AUCGCCCGGUCCGCAUUAGAGCGGGAAAAGAGAGGGACAAAAAUAGAUUAUUCCUUUUUUUGUCGCUCUGGUCUGUUUGUUUCCUUUUUCUGCUUAGACGUUUAUAAUUAGACCUUUUGAACUUUCUUAAGGCCAGAUGAUGCAAAAAUUUAGGGUGCAUCACCCAUUUUUUUAGAUUACACAGUACAACUCAAAUACUCACAACGCAUGCACACUCACCUCUAUCACUCUAUGGACCCUACCUUUAUGUGACUCACAACGCAUGCACACUCACCUCUAUCGCUCUAUGGAACCUAUCUUUAUGUACAUCUUCAAAAACUGAGCUAGCAAAUUCUCGAGAUCGACGAAGUCACGACAUGCACCCCACUGUCGACGGGAACAUCGUCUACCACUGACUCACAACGCAUGCACACUCACCUAUGUCACUCUAUGGAACCUACCUUUAUGUGCAUCUUCGAAAACUGAGCCAGCAAAUUCUCGAGAUUGACGAAGUCACGACAACUGAGACAGCAAAUUUUCGAGAUCGACGAAGUCACGACAUGCACCUCACUAUCGACGGGAACAUCAUUUACCACUGAAAGCACAACAUUGCUAAAUCCUAAAAUAUUAACUCCCACGAGGAGUAAAACCCGGAACCUAAGGUGCUACUAAAGCUUCUGUAACCACUAGGCUACAUGCCCUUUCACAUCACCCACUAAUAUGAACCAAUGGAGGUAGUUCUCUUUUCUGUUCAGAUUUCAUAUUCGGUUUGUGUGUCCUUGUCAACAACGUCCCUUAUGGUACCACGAUCUGAUAUUCAAGUAUAUAUUUGAUUGAUGCUUCAAAUCUAACCUAACUCCAUGCAAUCAAACAGAGUCAAAAGUUUAAGUGGACAUGCUCUUACUUUCUCAGAGAGCUACUGAUUGAUGGUGUACAUAUAGAUUGAUAAAUAGUCUUAGCUUUUGUUGUUUGUUAUUUGUUUUCUACCUGCUUCCGUGGCUUUUAAUGUUCAUUGAAUGAUAACAAAAUCCCUGAAGGCAACACAAACAUUAUCAGUCUCGCUCAAUAUGUCACCCAAUGACAUCACAAACAGUGUAAGCUACCCAAUAAUAAUUCUCCAAGUCUUAGGUUUGUUUGCAUAGACCAGGUCAGCAAAGACUUAGGAUUACAUACUUGCAUAGGCCAGGUCUUCAAAGUAAGUGGGAGCUUUUAUAUGUAGCAUGAACUGGUACCCCAAAGUCUCACCAAUCCAUAUCGACUAUACUGUGUCUCUUUCCUUGUACCCUGUACCAGGGUUUUCAAUUUCGUUUUUGCAAAAAUUUCGGCCACCACCGAAAUUACCGAAAUUCGCGAAAUUUUGCCGAAAUUUUUUUUGAGACUAGCACAUAAAGUAUGUUUUUUGUAAGAAAAUUUAGAUCUAAACAACUAUUAGUGUGAUUUAUGAAUACACAUUAUGAAAUAGAAAAAUAUGCAAUAUGAACAAUAGAAAACAUGAGUCUAAAGUUAUAUAGCACAUGUAUUAGUGUAUUACAAAAUUUCGGAUUUUUCUUUCGGCCACCACCGAAAUUACCGAAAUUCGCGAAAUUUCGCCGAAAUUUUGAACCCUGCCCUGUACAACAAUGGACACACUUGCCAAUUGCCACAGCAACUCUGUACUUGUUGCAGUUUCUUUUUGAGGCUUCAGACGAUUACCUUUCCAUUGCAACAAGUUGUUUCUUGUCUUUGAGAAUCCUAUGUUUUAAAGUUGGACAACUGAUAAGUAAUAACUGUUCUAAAUAUAAUAUCAACAUUAUCAGCCCCUUACUAAAAAUUUCACCUAAUGAAGUCUGUAGCAUAGCAGGGACUUUCCAGCUCUUUAGCUUAUUUGCACUGACCAGGUCCAGAAGGGCUCUAUGAGGACUCAUCCAUUAUAUAUGUAGCAUGAACUGAUGCCUCACAGCCACCAAGCUUUUAUCUGCUACUGCUUCCUUUUCCUUGUACCUUACGCAACAAUGCACGCACUUGCCAUAGCAGCUCUGCACUUGUUGCAGUUUCUAGCAACAAUACCGGCACUGGUAUCUUCACAAGACUCACUGAUACCACCACAAGAUAUGGCAAUGCCCGGUUGCACCUCCACAUGCUACAACAUAACUAUACCUUACCCAUUCGGCAUCGGCGCCGAUGAGCGAUGCUACCGUCAUGAAGGAUUCAAGCUCGUAUGCAGCACGGAUCAAGACCCUCCCGUCCUGUACAUGAACAGCGCUGGAUAUCGAGUCGUCAAAAUAAAGUUGAGUAAGAGGGUUCUGUACCUUGACACUCAGGUCAACCGAUUGUUAGGAGACCAGACCUGGCCGCUCAACUUAUUAGAUGACAGGUUCUAUCGUGUAUCAGCAGCUGAAAAUGUGUUCGUUGCCUUGGGGUGUGGCUUCAAGCUUUCGGUUAGUCUCCCCAGAGCAGGAAGCAAUGCCAGCACCUGUAAUUCCACCUGCCAUCCUGAUUAUCCCAAGAUGGCCACUGAUGGCACGUGCUCUGGUGUUGGCUGCUGUUAUACGAGGGUUGCAGAAGACAGCAACAGUUAUGUGAUCAAGUUUCUUCCCCUCGAUGAUGCAAACUCAACUCUGUUGGUCAAUGCCACAUUUCUUGUGGAAAAAGGAGAGUAUUGGAGGAGGACAGAAGAUGCCAUACCGUUGCAGAAGUAUGCUGCCACACUAGGAUCUGCUCCAGAAGUGCCAACCAGCACUGUGGUUAACUGGAUGCUUGGCAACUCAUCUUGUGCGGAAGCUCUGAAGUCAGGUGACUUUGGGUGCCGCAGUAACAACAGUGACUGCCACGACGACCCUCGUGGAGGGUAUGCAUGCCAGUGUCAACAAGGAUAUCAAGGCAACGCUUACAUGCAUAAUGGAUGUAAAGAUAUCGAUGAGUGCACACAGCCAGAUCAAUACCCAUGCUUUGGGUGCUGCGUAAAUACAGUUGGAUCGUAUUAUUGUAUCUGCCCACCUGGAACUGACGGCGACCCCGGAGUAAAAGAUGGGUGUGCGCCAAGCAAAUUGAAAAGUUCAGGAGUGGUCAUUGCGAUCGGAGUUGGCAGCGGUAUAGUAGUUCUGCUAUUUGUUCUUGCUGCUGUUGUCAUAAGGAGAAAGGUCAGGGCUCAAAAGGCUAAAAGAAGAAAGGAAUAUUUCUUCAAGCAAAACAGAGGGCUUUUACUGCAGCAAUUGGUAGACAAGGAUAUUGCCGAAAGAAUGAUUUUCAGCUUAGAAGAGCUUGAAAAGGCCACAAACAGUUUUGAUGAAUCUCGAAAACUUGGUGGUGGGGGCCAUGGCACUGUGUACAAAGGUAUUUUGUCCGACCAACGAAUCGUUGCUAUUAAAAGGUCAAGGCGUGCGAUUAAGAGAGAAAUUGAUGAUUUUAUCAAUGAGGUCGCCAUACUUUCUCAAGUAAACCACAGGAAUGUGGUGAAGCUCUUUGGAUGUUGUCUCGAGACAGAAGUUCCAUUGCUAAUCUAUGAGUUCAUUUCGAAUGGGACACUUCAUGACCAUCUACAUGUAUGUGCUCCACAAUCACUGUCAUGGAAGGAGCGAAUGAGGAUAGCCCUCGAAAUUGCAAGAUCUCUUGCUUAUUUGCAUUCCGCUGCUUCAGUUUCGAUAAUACAUAGAGAUAUAAAGACUAGCAACAUACUUCUUGAUGAUCGGUUGAUAGCAAAAAUAUCGGACUUUGGAGCUUCUCGAGGGAUGCCCAUUGAUCAAACUGCUGUCACAACGACCAUACAAGGGACUUUCGGAUACUUGGAUCCAGAGUACUACCAAACAAGCCGGCUCACAGAGAAAAGUGAUGUGUACAGCUUCGGUGUCAUACUUGUGGAGCUGCUGACAAGGAAGAGACCAUCAUCGUACAUAUCACCUGAAGGCUUCAAUUUGGUUUCACAAUUUGUCUUGCUGGUGAACGGGGACAGGCUCUGUGAUAUGCUGGACCCUCAAGUCACUGAGGAGGCGAAAGAAGGAGAAGCCAAUGAAGUGGCAGCAAUUGCAGUGAUGUGCUUAAACCCAAAGGGAGAGGACAGGCCCACGAUGAGGCAAGUUGAGAGGAGAUUAGAAGCGAUUCAAAGUCUGCCUGACAAUACUGGAAGCAAUGAGGCUACUAAAGAGCAUGCAGUUCGGCCGAGCCAUCCAUCAGUUGAAGCGAGCAACGCCAAUACCAGUGCCUGCAACUUGAGCAGGCGCUAUAGUAUGGAAGAUGAAUUUUGGUCAUCAAUGAGCUUUCCUCGUUGAUCAUCUGCUUACCCUUUAACUCAAAGAUUUUCUUUCCCCUUUUUUGUUUCGACUGUUUGAAGCUUCUUGUGAAGCAUCUGCAACUGUCCACACCGCAUCAGUGUGGGUCUCUUUUGAUCUCAAUUUUGCUGCAAACCUUGUGAAGUUGCACUUCCUUCUCCGUUCAUGUAUUUUGUAACUCGUGACAUAGGCUGAAUGCCAUUGUGGUUUCGUUUGAAUACUAGUCAAACGUUUUGUGCCAUUGCAGCAAAAUAGUACUGCCGGCCUUGCAACA